GAGCUUUCAUCUCCACGCCACCAUCCUCUUCCCCUCUCCGACUCCGCCGGAGCUUCCCUUAUUUUGUUCCUUGUUGUGGACUUGACAUUGGCAGGACGACAUUCUCGCUUUACGUGUUUCUUUCGCGUCGGCGUCUCGCCUGUUCCGAUCAUGGAGAAUCCCGAAUUGAUCCAGGAUCUCGAGUGGCACCGCGACGGCACCAAGCCCCGAGUUCCUCUCUUUCUGAUCCACGACGGCGGUGGUACGACCUUUUCCUACCACUGUCUAGACCCCCUUCGGCGCCCGACCUAUGGACUUUUCAACCCGCGCUAUCACAGCGGCGGUAGCUUCGAGGGUGGAGUGCGGGGAAUGGGACGCCUAUACGCCGUGAUGAUCAAGCAGACCUGCUUGCAGGCUGACUUUCCGGGCAAGCGCAACCCCGACGGAAGUGUGGACAUCCUCCUGGGAGGAUGGAGCAUGGGCGGGCUGCUGAGUCUCGAAAUCGCAAAGGUGCUGACGGGGGAUCGGGACGUGCGGGUCAUUGGCGUCCUGAUGAUCGAAAGUAUGUGCCCGGCCCAUCUGCCCACUGGUGGAGGCUAUCUGGACACUCUCGACCACUUCGACCUCGACAGGACGGACCGGAACUUAGCUCUGUCUAUCAGAGCCAUGCAGGAGGCACUACGGGUGAUUCGGGACUGGGAUCCCCCUGUCUGGGCGGGCAGUCAGGCUGCGCAACGACCUCGAUUUUCGCUGUUGCGAGCCGUCGAUCCGCUGCCGACCAGGACCAAGCGACGACACAUCUUAGACAUUUACCGUCAGGAUCGGACCCUUGGAUGGGACAAGUAUGAUCCCGGGCUGUUUACGGAGACGGUCGACGUCAAGGGCAACCACUUCGAGAUGUUCUCGUUUCAGCACAUCCCUGGGGUUUCCAAAGCGAUCAAGAGAUGCUGUGACACGUUGGAGAAGCUUGGCCAGUCUUAAGGUGACAUGACACAUGUACUUCUGAGCCUAGACCGUUGAUUUGUGGAGAAUGAGAAUCACUGCCCUUGGC